ACCCCUCUAGUUUGUUCUUCUUCUCUCUCUAGAUCCACAUUUACACACUCUUUCUCUCUCUAAAAUGGAAGGUGAUUCGACAACAAUCAACAUUACCGAGACACCCAAGGAAAGGAAGGGAAAGGCGCCGCUAUUGGCCACCCCACCGGCCUCGAGUACCAUCAAGCCAGUGGUUCAAAAGGCUCCAAAAGGAGGGUACAAAAGAGGUUUAGCCAUAUUUGAUGUGAUCUUAAGGAUAGCCGGCAUUGCUACAGCUUUAGGAGCCGCGAUAGCCAUGGGUUCCACGGAUCAAACUCUUCCAUUCUUCACUCAAUUCUUUCAAUUCAAAGCCGAGUUUGAUGACUUGCCAACUUUUACGUUUUUUGUGAUCGCUAACAGCAUAACCGCCGCUUACCUAGCCCUUACGAUCCCUAUCUCCAUCGUAUGCAUUGUUCGCCCACAUCUGGUGACCCCAAGGGUCGUCCUCGUCUUUCUUGAUAGCGUGAUGGUUGCUCUAACCACCGCGGCUGCAGGUGGAGCGGCGUCCAUAGUUUACUUGGCACAUAACGGAAACUCGGAUGCAAACUGGCCGGCAAUCUGUCAGCAAUUCAACGAUUUUUGUCAAGCGGUUAGCGGAGCAGUCGUGGCAUCUUUCCUGACGGUUGUCGUCCUCAUGUUCUUGGUCAUCUUAUCUGCAUUUGCUCUUUAGAAACAUGAUUUUGCUUCAUGGUUGUUUGAUUUUCAUAUACCCAAUUUGUGUUUCAAUAUAUUGAUCGAUCGAUGGAGGUGUGAAUUGAAAUGGUUGUAAAGUUGUUUGUCAAUGGCACUGAUCUAGUUUAAAUUGUUA